CUUGGUUACCUUGAUACGUUGGUUGCUGAUCAUACCACUGGUCAUAUGUCCAGAGGUGUUCGUUGUGAACAGACAGGAAAUAAGACGGGUGCGACCAACCACUUGUCCAUGCUUGGUUGAGGCCUCGUUCACAAUGUCAUCCCCACCGACACGUUACACGCGCAACCCGCAGCUACGGCGCCCGUCCAUCUCGACGCCAACGCCGCCGCUGCCAUCCUCCUCAACGACAGCUCCCGCGUCCUCAUCUAUAACUCCUAUCCCGGACGACGCGCCCGAUGCCGACGACGACAAUGACGCAUCCCCACCAUCUCCGGACCUACCGCUGACCAUGUCGGCGUCGGUGAUGCUGACACAGCUCCCGCGCGACGCUACGGCCGCGCUGGCGACUGCGGGCGAGUUCCCCGCAGACCAAAAGGUCGUGGUGCGCUUCAAGCCGGUUGGUGGCAGCGCGCCGGCGCUGAGGAAGGAGCUGUGCAAAAUCAGCGCCGCGCAGCGGUUCGAGGCGGUGGUCGCGUACCUGCGGCGUACCCUCAAGGUCGGCAAUGGCGAGAGCGUGUUUCUGUACAUCAAUUCAACGUUUGCGCCCGCCCUGGAUGAGAUUGUCGGCAAUCUGCACCGCUGCUUCAAGGACUCGAACGGCCAACUUAACGUAUCUUACUCCAUGACUCCUGCGUUUGGGUAGUGCGUCUUUGCGUUAGUGCCGUGGACGAUCUAUAAGCUUGCAGCACUCUUCAAAAAAGAAAGAAAGAAAAGACCUGCUCAGAUAGUCUAUUAAAUGCCUAUAUCUUUGCCUCCCAGCGACGAUAUGCAGGCUGAUGGGUGCCUCGAGGCCUAUGAACGGCCGAAAAACAAGGUAUAAGUAUGCAAAUCUAAACAAUGCCGCUCCAUGCAAGCACAAUGCCCAUGUACUAAUACGCAACUCCAACGCUAUACAGUAAUUAUGCGCAUCAACGCUCGUAGGUCUAUUCCAAACUCUUCUCACCCUCAAUCACGGCUUUAAACGCAGCCAGCUCCUCGCUUGGCAUCGGAUACGUAUGCUCGGGGCCAGGAUAGGCUCUGCUCUUCACCUCAUCUCUAUAAGCCUCGAUCGCCCUCAUCGACUCUCCCCAAACGUCUCCGUACUUCUUGACAAACUUAGGCAGGUAGCGGCCAGGCGGGAAGUUGCCAGUCAUGUCGAUCUGCACCAGGACCUGUCCAGAGCAGCCAUUGCCCGCGCCGAUACCAAUGGUAGGGAUGGACAGCUUCUUAGUCAACAGGGCAGAGACCUCGGCGGGGACGGCUUCGACGACCGUGGCAAAGCACCCGGCUUCUUGCACUGCUAGGGCAUCUUGCAGGAGGGAUUGGGCUGCAGCAGAUGUUUUGCCUUGAACCCGGAAUCCACCGAGCGAGUGUUGGCGUUGGGGAGUCAGACCAAUAUGGCCGAGGACGGGAAUGCCAGCUCCAGUGAUUUUGCGAAUCGUCGGCGCCAUCUCCCGACCGCCUUCGAUCUUGAUUCCCUGCACCCGGCCUUCCUUGACGAAGCGGAUAGCUGUCUGAAGAGCUUGUUCGGGUGAAACCUCAUAUGAGCCCAUAGGAAGGUCGCCAAUCUUAGUUGCUAUGUUAGCAUGAGGAAUGUUGUUGGGCCGGGGUGGUACAUGCAAGGGAGAUGGAUGGAGUGGGGUCGAGGGGGACUUACAGUGAAAGCGGAUUUUGUGGCCCUUGCGACCGAACGGCAGUGCAGCAACAUCUCCUCCAACACGACCUCGCUGGUAUCCUCCAUACCAAGGGCGACCAUAGCCAGGCUGUCGCCCACGAGAAUGAUGUCCAUGCCGGCAGCAUCGGCGACAUGGGCGCUGGGAAAGUCAUGCGCCGUCAUGACGGUGAUUGGUUCUCCUUUUUUGUAGAGGGAACGCAGGGUACCGAGGGUUACCUUCUUGCGCUGGUUGGCAAUAGGUGAACCCAUUGGUGAAUGCGAGCUAUGUCUGCAUUGUUGUUGUUGCUGCGGGUUCUGUGAGGUCGCAGUAGACGCCUGGACUGGGCGGGUUGAAGGUCUUGCCGGUGAGGCUGCAAUGCUGCUCAAAGCGCGGCAUGGCUGUUGUAUCCUGAGCAAGUCGAUCGCGCGACCCCUGACCAAUGUGGAAGCCACUGAGGUACACGACCGGGCCAGGGCAUUUGUGGCUGCGGGCGGGUGCAUGUUUACAGUACCUGUGGUCACGUGCAACGAUUGCAGUGGUGGAAGGUACUGUGUACUUGGGGAAAAGCACGUGCUCAAGAGUAUGGAUGCACAAAAAAGGAACAACCUCUUGCGUAAACGUAAUUUGCUCUCAAGUUGCAACCCAAGUUUUCCUGCUUUAAAAUUUGAUUAUGAGUGACGAAGAUUGGAACAAAAGAAGAGAGAAUACAUGACAGAAAUUUUUUCUGGGGCUUGGCCACAUUUCGU